CAACUGAGCGAGUCAGAUGAGGCGCAACCGCAGUGGAGAAGAAGAGCAGGACUGGCGCAAAUGCCCUCGCUUUUUACACUAAGCCGUGUGAUCGGUGUUUUAUAAUGGUUUUAAAUGAUGGAAUAUGCAAAUUAUAACAGUUGACCAGGGCUUUUAGGCUGUGAAGUGUUUAUGAGGCAUGGCUUUCGUUUUCACUUUCUUUUUUCUGUCCUGUGUGAGCAAUGUUUGGGGAAAUAAUCCGAAAUCGACCGAGAUUGAUGGGAAUAUCUAUUUGGAUAACAUUACGCGUAUAUUGGAUAGAUUACUGGAUGGAUAUGACAACAGACUGCGACCUGGAUUUGGAGGUCCAGUUACCGAGGUCAAAACAGACAUCUUUGUAACCAGCUUUGGUCCAGUGUCAGAUGUUGAGAUGGAGUACACCAUGGACGUAUUCUUCCGUCAAACGUGGAUUGACGAGAGGUUGAAAUUCGAGGGCCCCAUCGAGAUUCUGCGUCUCAACAACCUCAUGGUCAGCAAGAUCUGGACGCCAGACACAUUCUUCCGGAAUGGCAAGAGGUCCAUCUCUCACAACAUGACCACUCCCAACAAGCUGUUCCGCAUCAUGCAGAACGGAACUAUCCUCUACACCAUGAGAUUGACUAUAAAUGCAGAGUGUCCCAUGCGACUGAUGAACUUCCCCAUGGACGGCCAUGCCUGUCCUCUCAAGUUUGGUAGUUAUGCCUACCCCAUGAGUGAAAUUGUGUACACAUGGAAAAAAGGACCACUAUUCUCUGUGGAAGUACCAGAGGAGUCCUCCAGCUUGCUACAGUACGAUCUAAUAGGACAGACAGUGUCCAGUGAGAGGUUAAAAUCCAACACAGGUGAAUAUGUAAUCAUGACUGUUCACUUCCACCUGCAAAGGAAGAUGGGCUUCUUCUUGAUUCAGACAUACAUCCCCUGUAUCAUGACGGUGAUCCUGGCUCAGGUCUCUUUUUGGAUCAAUAAGGAAUCUGUUCCUGCUCGAACUGUAUUUGGCAUUACCACUGUGCUAACCAUGACCACACUCAGCAUCAGCGCCCGCCACUCUCUGCCCAAAGUUUCCUACGCCACGGCCAUGGACUGGUUUAUUGCCGUAUGUUUCGCCUUCGUUUUCUCAGCCCUCAUCGAGUUUGCAGCAGUCAACUACUUCUCCACGCUGCAGGCCAACCGGGAGCUCCGCAAGGUGGCCGCCAUCAAGGUAGCCCAGGAGGCUGCAGAGGCCGGGAGGAGUGACGGGGAGUCCUCUUCGGACGCCAGCAGUAUGCUGAAGAAGAGGAUGAACUCUACGCCUCACUUUGAGAGGCCGGCGGAGGUGUUCCCUAACCCUCCAGUGAAUGCCCAGGCCUUCCUCCAGCAAGGCUCAGCCGUGCCGUCCAACAACUUACUGACAGGCACCAGCAUCAUAGACAAGUACUCUCGCAUCCUCUUCCCUCUGUCGUUCGGGGCCUUCAACCUAGUCUACUGGAUCGUCUAUCUUACCAAGGACACCAUGGAGAUGACAAGAGACAGCGUGUGAGCCCCAUCCUGGAGUGAGCCCCCUCACUGAUCUCACACGGAUGCACACGUGCACGCACACACGCACACACACACAAAUAAACACAAGGACACUCGCCGUUUGGAUAGAUGACAGAGAAGCUUGCCAAGGUUUUCUUUUUGAUGCUGCCUCUGUACAUUGUGUUUUUUUUAUUUUUUACUUUCAAUGUGUGACUGAUUUGAAGUGCUCUGCCAACUGUUGACCUGGGAGCUCAAGUUUUAUCAUAGCUCAUGGGCCAGGGCUCUCAGUCGAUUUCAAACAGGUACUCAAUCUCUUUCUCUCACACACACCCUGCUGCGUCUUCCCCCUGAAGAGAGACGAUGUGCAUUGGCACUUCUCUUUCAAGUGUUCUGCCCCUUCCCGGUCCCUGUCUGAAACAGAGGGGCUUUCCUAAAAGUUGGGAGUGUCUGCCACAGGACUGGAGGUAGCGGAGUCACUUCGUCUGUGUGAAACAAUACACGGCCUGGCUGCGUCUACCCUGGACAGUACUGGAAAACACACCUGAGGGGAGUACUGUGCACUGCCUCCACUCUGACUGACUGUCUCCCCCCAAUUUAAACUUUGCAAUCGCUCUCGGUUUUCGGUUCAUUGGCUUAUUUUCACUCCUCUCAUGAAACAUUUCUUUGAUGAAGCCAACUCGUCAAAGAGUUGUUCUUGGUUCCUCACAUACAUUUUAAUAUUCAGAACUACUCAAAAGACACACACCCAAAGACACACACACAUUCACAGGGACAAUCUUGUAAGACAGUCAAAUCCAAAUAAAUGCAAGGAUCAUCGGUCUCUCCACGUAGGUCAAAGAUCAAUCACAAGGCCUGUAUUCGUUGGCAUCCACCAACUCAAACUAAGUCCUGGACUUUAAUGAAUUCACAAUAUUCUCUCCUUGCUAACUUUACUUGGCUAUGUUUGGCGUAUCAGAGAAUACAAAUAUAGUUCCCUGGCAACAGCCCGCCUCUCAUUCAAUGGAUAUAUUAUUUAAUGUCAGUGUUGUUGUUUGUUUUAAUGUUUUCUAUUUUUGCACUUUUAUGUAAUUGUAUCUGUCGUUAUUGGACAUGAAAGAACGCUAAGGUGGUUUAUGGUUGGCAAUUAUUCAUUAAAUGACAGAUUUACAUUUAAUUUAGAACUGCAUCCUCUCACAAGCAAUUAUGCGCCAUGCCAAAUGCAUUCAUUAACUUCGGUCUGGAUUUACAUAUAGUUAUGCACUAUUUCCAAUUAAAAGAAAGAGGUAAAUGAUUAAAUCCACAGAGUAGCGCCAUCUAAAUAUACCCCACGUUCAUAUAUGUGUGUGUUUAUUGGUUAUUAAUGACUGUCUUUCCACUGGCUGCCUCUCUCUCUCUCUGCAGCACAUACUGCAGCUUUAUCAACACACUUAUCAGCACCAGCAAGCAUCUGUUUGACUUUUUUAUUUGAUGAUAAAGUCCAUUAAUAUUCCUCCGGUCCGUUACACCUUUCCGCAUUUCUUUCCAUGUUCCCCCAGAUAAUGUAGUGAUAUUUCGUUGCCAAGGAAAACUAGAUGGACUGCCUUCAAAUUGAACCUUCCUUCUCUGCUUUUGAUGUGGAGUCUGAGGACACACAACAUUUCAGCUCUGACUACACUGGCAGGCCCUGGAAGGGACCUCUUGACAGUUGCCUCUGAAUAAGACUGGCUGAACCUAAAGGAAGAGGCAGAGGAGUGGCUGAUGUAUAGGUCUGACUGUAUAGCCCUAUUGACUUGGUUAUUUAGUUGAAUUAAAUGGAAAAGGAAGAUGGAGGGGGCUGUAUUGGAGACCUUAUUGAUUUUCUCCAACCUCAACCUGCCUGCUUAUGGCAAACUUACUGGUCUCCAUGGAGGACAAGCACUAGCAUGACCUGUGACCCUUCAGUGUCCUUGUUGGGGUUUGGAGUGUUGGGGUUUUGUGUAUCGAAGACCAUGACAUCUACCGCCCCCUCAAUAUCGUAUUUCACUACAGGCAUGAGUCACAUUGAUUCCUAACCACUGUUAUUUGCUAGGUUUUAUUCACAGGCUAAGCAAAUGUGAAAUGUGAAAAUGAAGCAGCAAUAUGGUAACACGUUGGUCUUUGUGCAUAUGUGAAUAUUUCAUGAUUACUGUAGUUAUAGAUUUAUAUUUUUAUUUUCCUGUCUUAAAUAUCCUGCUUGAUGUAUGGCUAUUAUGUUAAUUAUUUGUACUGAUCUGAAAUGUAUUGCAGCUUUUGUAUAUACAGUGCCUUGCAAAAGCAUUCAGACCCAUUGAAUUUCUUCACAUUGUAUUGUGUUACAAAAGUGGGAAUAAAAUUGGUUUAAUUAUACUUCUUUUGUCAGCAAUCUGCACAAAAUACUCUAAUGUCAAAGUGAAAGAAGAAUUCUAGAUGAAUAAACAUGAAAUAACUCAAAUAUAGUCGUUGCAGAAGCAUUCAGCUCCCUGAGUAAAUAAUUGUUCGAUAAACCUUUGGCAUCGAGGCUUCCUGGGUAAGUCUGUAAGGGCUUUACACACCUGGAUUGUGCAAUAUUUUCCCAUUAUUAUUUUAUAAAUUCUUCAAGCUCUGUCAAGAUGUUGGGGAUCAUGGUUAGACAGCAAUUUUUCAGUUUUGCCAUAGAUUUUCAAGCAGAUUUAAGUCAAAACUGUAACUUGGCCACUCAAGAACAUUAACUGUCUUCUUGUUAAGCAACUACAGGGUAGAUUUGGCCUCUUGUUGUUAUUGUUAUUUUCUGCUGAAAGGUUGAAUUCCUUUCCCAGUCUGGUGUAAAGCAGACUGAAACAGAAGGAUUUUGAAACAGGAGAAUGUUCCUCUCGGAUUUUGCCUGUGCUUAGCUCUCUCCUCUUUCUUUUUCUCAUGAUAACCUCCCCAGUAUUUGCCGAUACCAAAAUAAGGAGGCAGUUACUCAAUGAUGUGUUGUGUUGGAUUUGCCCCAAACAUAAGGCUUUGAAUUUAGAUCAAAAAAAAGUAUUCCUUUGCUGUGUUUUUUUUGCAGUAUCACCUUAGUACCUUGUUGCAUACGACAGGUAGCCUGGCGAGUAGGAGCGUUGGGCCAGUAACCAACAACUUGCUGGAUCAAAUCCCCAAGCUGACAAGGUACAAAUCUGUCAUUCUGCCCCGGAGCAAGGCAGUUAACUCACUGUUCCCUGGGUGCCGAUGAUUUGGAUGUUGAUUAAGGCAGCACACCUCUGCACCUCUCUGAUUCAGAUGGGCUGGGUUAAAUGCGGAAGACACAAAUUAGUUGAAUGCAUUCAGUUGUACAACUGACUAGGUAUCCCCCUUUCCCAUGCAAGUUUUGUUAGAAUGUUCUGAACUCUUCUUUUCAAUUUGUCAUUUAGGUAAUUAUUAUGGAGUCACUACAAUGUAGAUCCAUCCUCAGUUUUCUCCCAUCACAGCCAGUGAACUCUUGUAGCUGUUUUAAAAUCACCAAUGGCCUCGUGGUAACUUUCCUGAGCAGUUUCAUUCCUGUCCUGCAGCUCAAUUCAGAAGGACGACUGUAUCUUUGAUGUGUCUGGGUGGUUUAAUACAUAAUCCACAGCAUAAUUAACUUGACCAUGCUUAAAGAGAUAUUCCACGUCUGAUUUGUUAUUGUUACCCAUCUACAAAUCACUUCCCUUCUUUAUGAGGCUUUCAAAAAGCUCCCUGGUCUUUGUAGUUGAAUCUCUAUCUUUAAUAAAAAAAAAAAAAUUAAAUGUUCUUCCACGAUGACAUUACAGGGUAUUUAGUAUAGAUUCUUGACGUAAAAAAAUGGCAAUAAAUGCAUUUUUAAUCCCACUUUGUAUCACAAUAAAAUGUGAAGUAAUCCAAAGGAUCUGAACACUUUUGCAAGGCAUUAUAUAUCAUUAUAUUCUCUAUUUAGCACAUUCAAAUCCACUUGUUUUUAUUUUCCCUUGGAGAUAGUUUUUAUUGCCAUAGAAAACAAUAUGUUGGUGUUUAGACAUUGUCGUUUUACUAACAAUCUCCUCAAUACUUUCCCUCAGGAUUGUGUGUAUAUUAUCAUGUUGAAUAAAGUCAAAAUAUGUUUUGA